AAACAAAACCCAUAUCCCUCCAUAUAAUAUAUCUCUAAUGAAUUAAUUUUUUAGCCCUAUUCGUUUAGUUCAUGAAUGCUUAUCUUUCUGGAAAUAUCGACUAAUAAAUUCGUUGUAAUUUGUACAACUGUUAUUUUCAGAAAAUUCAACUGUGCGAAACUCAAAACUUCUGCGCGGAUCGGAAGAAGAAAAUAAACUCUAAGGUGAAGGAUCGUAAGACGGUAAAUAUGAACGAAACUGUAAAAUGCAUCAACUCUACUGAUAUUUCUAAUAAACGUUUGACUACAAGUCCAGAAUAUCAAGAAAAUGUACCACAAUUUAUUGUAUUCAACUGAGAUCGCACAAAUGCCCACAAGAAGCCUACGAACAUAUUUCGCAUAAUCCUAGUUUCCAGACUGUAAAUGAAAGUUUAUCCUAUGCACCACCCUUAAAUAUCAUCCUUCGAGGUUCAAAGGAGACUUCACCAAAACUUCAAAUCAAUAAUGCGAAACUGGGGUGUCUUAAAAAUAUAGCUGGACGUCUACGUUUGGUGGGUGAAGAACGACUGCAAUUGACCAACCAUGAAUGCAUUAAUAAUUGGUCAACUUUUGGUGAAAAACAAAUGCUUUCCAGUGGGAAUAACUGCGAAGUAAGAUAUUUUGCAGUGGCAUGUACUAACCUUGGUGAACUGUUGGUGUUGGAGAUUCUCCCAAAUACAUCCGUUUUAUACAAAAGUUAUUUUAGAUGGUUCAUAAGAGAUAUAACAGUGGAGGAUGUCGAAAAUAAUAUACAUUAUCACUUCCAUUUUAAUAAUUGGUUGGUUCCAAAUGAAAGACUGAUUUCCCAAAGAUGUAAUCAUCCUUGCAAGUUAUCCUGUUUAGCUGAUUCACUAAAUGAGGGCAGCUCACCUACUGUAAAGUCACAGAGUCAAUUUUUGCGUCAAAAUGGAAGUACGACACAAAAUGAAAAGAAUUGUAAUGGAGGUAAACUAAUAAAUAAAAAAGCUUCUGGAUCUCUCGCAUGUACUCCAGAUACGUUAUGUAUUCCUUCAAACAGACAAUUCAACUAUUCAUUUUUUAAUCCGAAAACUGUGUGCCAAACAAUUCAUACAAUUGUAAUGUUUGUCAUAUAUAAUGGUCACAAUGAUGACAUGUGGUUUCAUAAAACAGAUCCUCUUGAUUUAAAACACAAUGUUGAAAUCGGUAUCAUAAAUGCAAAAGUGAGCAACAUUUUUCAAUUUUCCUACUGGCCUGUUCAAGUCAAAUCAGUUAAACAAUAUAUGAGUGCAAACGAACUAAUUUAUAAUUGUUCAAAGCAUCUUAUUGCAACAGUUUCAGAAGAAGUUGAGCAUAGUAGCUGUAAAAUAACGUCAUCACAUUUGGAUUUGCAUAAGUCAGGUAGAAACGAAUGCACGUGUGAUGUUUUAUUACAUGUCAUAUCCGAAUUAAACUUUCAAGACGUCAUAGCCAAUACAGCUGGUGAAUUUCUUAGUUCAUACAAGGUCGAAACGAUAAAGACUGAGAUACCAGAGAUGAUACAAAACCCUGUACUGAAGCUUCCACCAAUACUUAAAUCCUGCUUAGCAAGUAAUUUUCAGCUAGAAGAAAUUGAAGGCAAUCCUACACAUUUUCAUAAUGCAUCAGAUUUAACCGGAAUUUGUGCAAACAAGGUAGAAGAUGUAGAUGUUAGAUAUGAUGAAUCUUUCUAUAGUGAAGUCGAUGAUGAACUAAACUCGGAAAAUGAAAACAAUACAACUGAAUCAACUGAUGCAUUAGGGAAUGUCAUCAACGUCCAAGUCAGCUUCUUAGAAUCAGAAGAUGAACUACCUACUUACAUAUGUUCGCCUGAAAUUAUACAGCCUUUGAAGAUGCAAUCCCCACCUAAAACGAAUUCAGAUUAUCUACAAAAAGCAAGAUUAUUUUUCGAUCCUAACUAUUCCAAGAUUCCUGAGAAAAACCAUUCAGCCUCUGAUAGUCUGAAAACAUCUAAGAAUGUGAAACCUUUUGCUGCGAACACUUGUAACACAACUCGGUUUAUUUUGAAAGACAGUAGUGGUAUGCAUUCAACUAUUUCAAGUAACAUAUUCAAUUGUAACUCAUCAGUUCAACCACUGACUUUUCCGCCAAAUCACUUUGAAAUUUCUCAAGACCCCAAACAAUUGAGUGGAUACAAUAUCCUUAACAGUCUACUUUCUGAAAAAGAUACCGACAACUUUUCAUGAGAAAAUAUAAUACACUUGAAAAUUAAUAUUGUUCCAAAGCUAUAUUGUCAAAAUGUGGAUCGACUUUUCUCUGAAGAGGUAAAUAUUUAUUUCGAUACUUUUUGUUGUUGCAUUACGAAAGAUCGGAAACAUUAUUAUACACUCGUAAGAAACCAUGAUAUUGAUAAUUAGAUGUAUUUGCUUGCAAAUUGGUCAAAUAUAAACAUUAAUCGAAUAAC